AUGCUAAGCCGCACUAGAGGGAGAGAAGGCGGCCAAGGCAUUAUCGACGUCGUCCUUAAGCGGCAAGGGCUCGCGCUUGAUCUUGAUCCUGGCGGAAGAGCUGUUCCUAGGCUGCCACUAUUAGUUAGCAAGAGCAAGCUGAAGCUUACAGCUAUUACUAUUAGGCAGGCAGGCGUAGAUAGGCGUAGUUAA